GGACGCGACCGCGCCUCGCUCCGGUACGCCGGCCUAGUGGCCCAAGGUUCACCGCGGCUGCAGUUCGCCGGCUGCCCGCGGUCACUGGUGCCAGUGCUCAGGCGCCCGCAGCCCUUGACCUUCGGCCCCGCGAGCCCUAACCCUAUAGCGCAGGUAGGACGGGCCUGGCUGGGUCAGGCCAGAAGAGUGUCCCUGGCACGGGUCUCCCGCGGAAGGCGGAACUGAAACCGGGUCCCCGGCCGCUACCGACCACACGGACAUGAGCUCUGAUGCUGGUCUCCGGUAGAAGCAGGUUGCUCACAGCUCUGCUGCAGGCUCAGAAGUGGCCCUUUCAACCAUCCAGAGACAUGAGACUAGUGCAGUUCCAGGCACCCCACCUGGUGGGGCCUCAUUUGGGCCUGGAAACAGGGAAUGGUGGAGGAGUUAUCAACCUCAACGCCUUUGACCCCACACUCCCCAAAACAAUGAUACCAUUCCUUGAGCAGGGAGAAGCCACCCUGUCAGUAGCAAGAAGAGCCUUGGCUGCCCAGUUGCCAGUCCUACCACGGUCGGAGGUAACCUUCCUGGCUCCAGUCACGCGACCAGAUAAGGUGGUGUGUGUGGGCAUGAAUUAUGUGGACCACUGCAAAGAACAGAACGUGCCUGUGCCCAAGGAGCCCAUCAUCUUCAGCAAGUUUGCCAGCUCCAUCGUGGGGCCCUAUGACGAAGUGGUCCUCCCACCAGAGAGCCAGGAGGUAGACUGGGAAGUGGAGCUGGCCGUGGUCAUUGGAAAGAAAGGCAAGCACAUCAAGGCCACAGAUGCCAUGGCCCAUGUGGCCGGCUUCACUGUGGCUCAUGACGUGAGUGCCCGUGACUGGCAAAUGAGACGCAAUGGGAAACAGUGGCUGCUGGGAAAAACCUUCGACACCUUCUGCCCUCUGGGCCCUGCCUUGGUGACCAAGGACAGUGUAGCAGAUCCACACAACUUAAAGAUCUGCUGCCGAGUGAAUGGGGAAGUGGUCCAGAGCAGCAACACCAACCAGAUGGUGUUCAAGACAGAGGAGCUGAUAGCCUGGGUCUCCCAGUUUGUCACCUUUUACCCAGGGGAUGUCAUCCUAACUGGGACCCCCCCAGGUGUUGGUGUAUUCAGGAAACCUCCUGUCUUUCUCAAGAAGGGGGAUGAAGUCCAGUGUGAGAUUGAAGAACUAGGUGUCAUCAUCAACAAGGUGGUGUGAUGGCUCCUGCACAGGCCCUGGACAUAGGAGGCGGGCAUCUGCUCCCACUCAGCCUAGCCCAGGGAAAGGCCCAAUGCCAGGUGUGGGCAGGGGCCAGCCCUGCAAACCUCUUCUUCUAGGUAGAAGGGAGAAAGAAAACUCUCUUCAAUAAACUCAUCGGGCCAAAGCAGCAGCUUGGCUUCU